GGACAGAGGGAGUAAUUAUUAAGCUAUCUAGAAAUAGAAGCAUACAAGACGUGACGUGAUUAUAUGUUUAGCUUAAAAACGACCAUGGGCAUGCAGGAAAAUGGUGAGCUACGAGGAUGUCCGUGAUCAUGUGACAUCUCUGUUCAUCAUGCUGAACAAGAAAACGGUUAUCUUGUUUCGCAUCGAGUCCCUGGUGGUCCUCGCGACACUGCUCUUCUUCGCCAUGUUCCUCAUGGAUUUCUUUCGCCGCAUCAUCCACGACUCGUUCAUGAGGGCUGUCUUCAGUGUCUUUGAUGCCGUCUCUGACUCCAUUGUCCUGUACCUCCUGGGGGCCAUGCAAGCCGCGCCUUUCAAGAAUCAGCUGUUCCCGGUCUGGGCUCUUAUGCUUGUCAAUUUCCGUUACAGUGCAGAUUACAUAUCCGGCUAUGGUGUUCCUGACCGCCGCGGGCGAAGGUUCACUGAGUGGAGGAACGUGUUCAAGCUCCUGGGAUCGGCGUUCUUGAAUUCGACGCGUGGAUCCAGCUUCACGCGUCCACUGUGGUCCGUCUGGUGUCUGCAGAUAGUGAGGAGUGGGUACAGACUCCUUUCACAUGGUCUGGCACUCGGCUCCGUGUGGCAUGGCGGGAGUUCGCAGCUUGUUGCAGAGCACAUGCGUGCCAGGUACUCCGAUGACGAUCCUAGCAACUCGCAAGUGGUGGUGAAACCCGUACCCGACCCAGUGACGAUGAAAGGUUACAACUACUUGGUGUAUGGAGAAACAAGGCAGCGUUUGAAACUAAAGAAGCCUCAGUAUCAGUAUGCAUUGUCUGACGACACAUUGGAAGAACUUUGCAAUGAAAGAUCCAACAAGAUAGAUGUAUGUAUCCAAAGAGCAUUGUCAGCCACCGACACUAUUGCCCAUCGGCCCAGAAAGAUCCGGCCAGCUAGAUGUUGCUGUGCUGCAAGGGAAGACAGUACCAGCUGCCCCAAGUCGUCACCACUGAUCACGCUGGACAAGGUCUGGGAGAAUUGUCCCAUUCACCAGCCACAUGACGAGCAGAAGGACCUCCCUCUGGCCUUCGCCUUGUCCAGGCUGCUGCGGUGCAGGUUUGAGGAUGUGACGCUGCAAAGAUGUGUCUUCAAAAUAAACCGAGAGCUGGUCAAGAACAUAAUUGGUGGGAAGGUGGGUACCAGCGAUGCCCUCAGGAUCAUGGAGCUACAGCUUGCCUUUGUCCAUGACUAUUUCAACACCCGCUACCCCAUGGUGUUCUGGUCUGGGCACAUAUCUCUCUUCAUCACUCUGUUUCUGUCCAUGCUAAGCAUUGUUGCUGUCUGCUGGCUUGCCAUGGAUAUCCGUAGGGUGUAUAAGCCCCCAAAUGGUGAGCUUGCCAAUCUGGUCAAGGGUUUUAAUGUUGACAUGAUCAUUACAUGGGCAUUCAUUUUAUUGAUGAUUGCCAAGGAGCUCUGGGAGAUGGUGACAUACUUGCUCUCAGACUGGACAAGCUUAAUCCUGGUGUGCCAGUAUGUGCAGAGGAAGUGCCAGAGGACCAUAGACAUGGAUACAAGACUGGAUCGCAUGCUAUUAUGGUUUUCCAGAGCUAAGAUUAUUGACAAGAGGUGGCAUGGAUAUAUUGACCAGUAUUUCUUCGUGCAGUCGUAUGAUGACAGUCCAAGAUAUUGGAAUUUUGUUCACAACCUAACUACAGGAAUAAUUCCAAAAAAAGACGAUGGGGCAGAGCUCAACAGUGCCAUCAAAGUUCCAGAGUAUGUCAAGAAGGCUGUCCUGGAGAAGCUCAGCACAAUGGUGGAGGAAGGACCAGGUUCUAGUCUGCCCAGCGUCAUCAAGACAUUGUCCAACAACAAUCUUAGGAAGCAGUUGCAGAACUACAAGGCUUACACUACACAACCGACGAGCACUCAGAUCGUCCUGCCCACAAGCACUAAGAUCAUACUGCCCACAAGCACACAGAUCGUCCUGCCAACAAGCACUCAAUUUGUCCUCCCAACAAGCCCUAACAUGGUACUGGAGACAAGCAGUCACCUUGUCCUGCCGACCAGCACUAACAUCGUCUUGUCAACAGACACUCAGGUUGCUGUGCCGACAAGCACUGACAUCGUCCUACCGACAAGCUCUCACAUAAUUCUUGUCUGGCACAUUGCCACUAGCCUCUGCGAGAUGGAGCUUGCGACAAAACACGGCGUCAACUUGAGCAACCCUGGGUGUCUGCGUUCCCUCCUGACUUGGUUGACUUCUUGCUGCUCAUCCAAACCGUAUCUUAUGGAUUUUGAUGAGAAGGAAGAUGACAUAUUGUCAUGGUUCAAAAACUGUUGCUCAUCCAAAUCAAGUGAGAAGUUGCCUGAUGAGCUCCGGGAACCAUACACCGUUGCGAAUAGCUUGUCACGGUAUUGUGCAUAUCUGGUGGUUUCAAAGCCUGACCUGAUCCCUGACAGCUUUCUUGUUCCCAAGAUAGUCUUCCGAAAAACUGUCGAGAGUGCUCGUGAUCGCUUUCUGAAAAACUGUGAUUCAUUAGAGAGCAGGUACAGAAAACUGAAAAACAAAGCAGAAAAACCUGUCAAAGACUCUGAAAAGGAAGAUGUAUUGAAACAAGGUGCGGUGCUGGGUAAGGAACUGCUCAAUCUUCCAACUGACGAAGCUCGCUGGAAGAUCCUGGCAGGGGUAUGGACAGAGUUACUUAUACACAUUGCGCCCACGUGGAAUGCACAGGCACACAGGAAGUGUCUUUCUGGAGGGGAGUUCAUAACCCACAUCUGGGCAUUGCUUUGGCACUAUGGCAUCCAGAAUAGUAGCCUGUGGCCAAAUGAAGUUGCGAUAGGAAACAAUGCUCCUGCAGCACCUCAGAAUAAUGGUGUCGGAAAUGAAAACAAUAUGGACGAGACAGAGCAAUCUUGUGCAGACAUAAGCAACAACCAGAUUGAAAUUAAUAUUCAUGGAUGGGAUGAGAUCAAGGGAGCCCAAGAGCAUGAUACACGAAACUCAAGGAGAGGAUUAAGAAGAAUGGAGGAAACAGAGAAUAUAGAAAUCGAGGAGGAGAAUCCGGAUACGAUAGUGGAGGACACAAAAUUUCAGAGAGGAAUGGCUGGCUGGCCAAACACAAAACGAGAGUGAAGCGAAGAAGGUUGAAGACAUAGUUCCAGAGCAGCGCAACAUGACCAGAAUGGCGUGUCUGAAUUAUGCGUUCAUAAGUUCUGCAACAAGAUUGCAAGCCUACACAGAGUAUCUGUUGAUCUUCUAUCUGGGGACUUGAUUUGUUCAUAUGGAUGUUAUUGUUUAUUUCUCUUGUUUUCACUAUUUCUGAUUUGUUUGUGAUAUCAUUUAUUGGACUAUGACCUCAUAUUUACAAUUUGGGGACUUGAUUUGUUUAUAUGGAGUCUGCAGUGUAGUCGUUUUACUCUAUUAUCCCUCCAGCUAAGGGUGACAGUGGACAGGAUAAUUUCCCCCUAUAACCAUUUUCUAUUUGGGUAAGGUUAGAGAAUUUUGACAUCCGAAUCUGAGUUUGAUUGAUAGGAUACGG